CGUCGUCACAGACGUAACGGAGAACAGCUCACCAAACAGAUAUCGUACUCGGAAAUCACUCCUCUUUAACGGACACGUGUGUAAAAAAAGGAAACGGAAAUUGACAGUGAGAACGCGGUGUUUGGUGGGGGAAGUGUCGUGGAAACAGGACAAAAAAGAAGUAUGGCGGCGACUCUAGUACUUUCCUGGAAAACAACUUGUGUUUUAUAAUCGUUUUUAUUUUCGACCUCUCAAUCAAUCUCUAUGUAUUUAUAUAUUUGUCGGUUCACUUUUCCUUUUCUAUUGCUUGCUGCUAGUUGCUUCCUUGUGAAGGAGCCGUCCUGCAAUUGAGUUCCCCCUCGCUUCAAGGUUAAGGCUUGAUUGAUAGCUUGUGUUUUCUUCUAUUAAAGAGUCAUCUGAUUCUCCUUUCACACUAUACCCUUACUACUACUACUACUACUACCAAUCAGCAGGGAGACUUGGAUUAUUACUAAAAUAAACGAAACUAGGAAAACAGAGAUGAUGCUUGAAAAGAAGUACAACACUAGAUCUAGCCAGCGAGAGCUGAAAUGUUCUGGUCUGGAGUUUGUUCAGAAGACUUGCAUUUUGGGCAGGAAAAGGGUGGCUGUCGUUUCAAGUAUGAUUGAGGAAUCUACUUUUGCUUCUCCAGUUAGUACAAAAAUGCAGAAGCGAUUGAAUCACCUUGAGGCUCUACCCCAAGAUAUACUGGUAAGGGUACUAUGUCAUGUGGGACACAGUGACUUGAGGCAACUCCUUCUUGUGUCCAAGUCAGUGCAAGAAGCUACUGUGAUUGCCAAAGAGUUGCAUUUUACUUUUAGUACUCCAUCAAAACCAAAGAUCAGAGGAGAUAGUGGCUUGGGAGGUGGCGUUGAGACUCCCGACGCGCCCAAGCGAAACAGGAUUGCUAAAUCACGUUUGAAUGACAAGAAACUUGCAAGCAUUGCUGUUGCCCUCUUUGUUUCUCCUGAUAAUUAACUCGCCAGGCCAGCCAUGGGAUGCACACGCUGAUUGUUGGUGUUGGGUGUAAAUAAACAUUUAACACUCUAUUUAAUUUAAAAUACUAAAUUAUAGUUACAGCCUAUUAUAGUUGUAGUUUCUAGUUGUGGUUUCAUUCAUACAUUGUGUAAAGUUAUUCUGGAAGCCAUACUUCAAUAUCUCUAUUGAAGAGUACGGGCUGGCCCGGAUGGGUUGUCUUUGUUGUUGUCAGAAGUGCAUUCUUAUAUAUACAGAAAUUAUUUUUUAUUUGUAACUACGUCAUUGUUCAAUAAUGCAGAUAUUUUUUUUUGUCA